AGUUAAUGCCAGGAAAUAGCAAAUCUCCGCCUUCAACACAUCAAACUUCACUCUGUACAGAAACCUACGUAGGCUACCACGGUCCAAAACAGCUUCAGGAUGCCUCUGACAGUGGCUAAGGGUGAGGGGAUUACUGUCCUCACCGUCACCUCAAAUCCAAAGAGCAAAUGGCCCCUUUUGUGUCAGAUCCUGGGUACUCUGUGCUACAGUCCAGUGUACAGUGUUGUGUGCUCUGUAUCUCAGGAUAUGAAAGGGAAGCUGAGUUCCCAGACAGCUCUUGGGAUUGUGCAGAUAAUAGUUGGUGUCAUCAACCUUGUGGUGGGAAUUUUGUUUGCAACCUUUGGGUUAGAAUAUUACAUUAUGAUGUUCCGAGGACCUUUUUGGCUCGGUGGUAUGUUCCUUGCAUUUGGAAUCGUGUGUAUUCUUGCCACCAAGUUUCCCUGUCCUUGCUUACUGGUCAUUGCAGUGAUCCUGAACAUAGUCAGUGCUGCACUGGCUAUUACAGCUGUUGUACUUUAUUCAGUGGAUCUGGCGAGUGAUCAUUGGUUACAAUGUGGACCCUACUUUAGUUCAGAUUACAGAAACCCACCUUCCCCACAGAUGCAGGAAACAUGUCUGCACUACUUGCAACACAGUUUGAUAAUCAUCAAAGGACUAGAUAUCAUGAUGAUUGUUUUUUCAGUCCUUCAAAUCUGCAUGACUGUCAGUUUCUGCAUUUUGACUGGGAAAGCUUUGCGCAAAAAGAGCGGAGGUGCAAAGUCUGUGGAGGAUGCACAAAUUCACAACCCACUCUUGGAAGAGGCCAUUGCCAAUCCUGAAUUCAGUGCUGUACUGGCUAUCACAGCUGUUGUACUGUGUUCAGUGGACAUGGCAGUGGGAAAUGAUAAUUACUGUGCCGAAAGUUAUUCAUAUUAUGAUAACCGUGGAAUGCUUGUCCAUAAACAGAAGGAGGAAAAUGAAGUCUGUCUAUACUACAAAUAUCUCAAUCAGAUGAACCUCAGAGGACUAGAUAUCAUGUUGAUUGUUUUUUCAGUCCUUCAGCUCUGUGUGACCAUUAGUUUCUGCAUUUUGAUGGGGAAAGCUUUGUGCAAGAAGGGCGGGGAUGCAAAGAAGACCCACAACUUUAUAAGCCUCUCCUGGAUGAGGUCAUUGCCAAUCCUGCAUGUUAAAAAGACAAGAUACAAAGCCAAAAAUACAUACAGGAUAUACAUUGUUAUUUGAACAUGUUUUAAUUUUUCUCUCUUAAUACAUACAUCUGCAACACCAUAAUCAUCAAGUUACAUGUUUAUUCUUUAUUUGAUUAUUUUCUUUAAAAGUUUGUUACUGUACUUUUAUAAAGAAAAGUUACUUUGUGGCUGCUUUUUGAAAUAAAUAACAAGAGCACUUUGGCAUGACCCUUGUUCAUGUAUUUGUUUCUACACCUGAAUA